GUGCAAGGGGUGGGUGUCUGUGUGUGUGCAGGGGGUGUGUCCAAGGGGGGGUGCAUACGUGCACAACGGGAGCAUGAAGGUGGCUGUGAGGUGGGGACAUGGAAUGGGGGCACAUCUCACCCCGCUGCCUUUUCUGAACCUCCCACCCCGCUGAGCGGUUCAGCCGGGGCAGGGAGGCUGGGAUGUGCCCCAGGGAGUCAGAGAUAUGGGGCUGCCACCUGCCUGCAGGCAGCGGUGUGACACUUGGGGACACUGGCAGUGGCCCGGGGGUUCCUAGCGUCGUGGUGGUGUUCGGGUGGCAUCGUGUCUCUCCUGCACACACCCGUCCCUCCUGCGUAUGCCCUGCAAGCAGUUGUGCCACCACCAUGGUGACAGUCCCAGCCAUGCCCUCCCACCUCAUCAGGCCCUUGAGGUGGGUUGGGGACCCUGUUGGGGUUACUGGAGCCCACUGCUGUCUCACUCUGCGGUUGACGUGAGUCAGCAGCACACUGAGCCCUGAUGCUGGCCCUGCUCCUCGCCAGGAGACAGCCGGUGAGCCCGAGAGGAGCGGCACAGAGACGACAUGCAGACAGGGACCAGAGGGGAUUGCUGCGGCAGGGACCAGCGCCCCGGAGGUGCCGGUUCUGCAGAGCUGGGCAAAGAGGCACUGGCCCCAGAGCGAACAGCAGGGACCCCCAUCCCUGGGACAGCUGAGGAGACCACUGGUGCCCCCACGGAGGAGCAGGGGGGCAUCCCCAUCCCCACUGCCAGCCUGCUGCAGGUCACCGAGCGGAGACAGCCGCUGAGCAGCGUGUCCUCGCUGGAGGUGCACUUUGACCUGCUGGACCUCACGGAGCUGACCGACAUGUCAGACCAGGAGCUGGCUGAGGUCUUCGCUGAUUCUGACGAGGAGAACGUGGCCGGCGAGUCGCCUAGUGGGCUGCACCCGCAGGCUAUGCCACGGGCAGGGUACCUGCGCUCACCCUCCUGGACCCGUGCACGUGAGCAUGGCCGGGAGAAGAAGCACCUCAGCGAUUCAGAGCUGCAGCCGGGCACCCUGGACACCUUCCUGGCAGUGGAGCAGCCACAGCAGGAGAAAAGCCGUGCGGGACAAAGGACUCACUUGGGACAAGUGGCGUGACCGGGUGCUGUGGAGUGGCAGCUUCAGACCACGGGUACCAAGCAAUGCCAAAGCCAGUGGCUUGGUGGGGAGGGAGAACUGGCCCCCUCGGCCCUGUAGCACAAUGGGGGCUGCACUGCCCGGCCCCCACCUCCUUCCCGCCGUGGUCCCAGCGUGGCAGGACCAGGAGCCGUGCAGUGUCUGUGCUGUACUGCCCACCGCCAUGUAGCAGUUGUGUGUACCGGUAAAACCAACCAACCCAUGGCCA